UGCGCGCGCGUGCGCGCGCCCCUAUGAGCCGAGCCAAGCUGGGGGGAACCACCCAUGCGAUGACGUCACGGCGCUCUGACAAGCUGGUGGUGCCGGAAGAAAAGAUGGCGGAUCAAGAGGAGCCGAUCAGCAACGAAGAAAAGGUGCGCAUAGCAGCAAAAUUCAUCAUUCACGCCCCACCAGGAGAGUUUAAUGAAGUUUUUAAUGAUGUGCGAUUUCUCCUCGACAAUGACAAUCUCCUCAGGGAAGGUGCAGCGCACGCAUUUGCACAAUACAACUUGGACCAGUUUACCCCUGUGAAAAUUGAGGGCUACGAUGACCAGGUCUUAAUCACAGAGCACGGGGAUCUGGGGAACGGCCGGGUCCUGGACCCCAAGAACAAGAUCUCUUUCGCCUUCGACCACUUGAGGAAGGAGGCCAGCGACCCCCGGCGUCACGAUGUGGAUGGCUCCAUGGAAGAGUGGAGGAGUGCCGUGGACUCGGCCGUCAGGGCCUACGUCAAGGAGCACUACCCCAACGGAGUCUGCACCAUUUACGGCAAAACCAUUGACGGGCAUCAGACCAUCAUUGUGUGCAUCGAGUGCCAUCAGUUUCAGCCCAAAAACUUCUGGAAUGGACGCUGGAGGUCGGAAUGGAAAUUCACUAUCUCUCCAUCCUCCACUCAAGUGGCAGGAAUCAUGAAGAUUCAGGUUCAUUACUACGAGGACGGCAACGUUCAGCUGGUGAGCCACAAGGAAGUGCAGGAGUCCAUGUCCAUUUCUAAUGAGGCUACAACCGCAGAAAGGUUUGUCAAGAUCAUGGCAGCCGCCGAGGGUGACUAUCAGACGGCCAUCAACGAGAACUAUCAGACCAUGUCGGAAACUACCUUCAAAGCCUUACGCCGCCAGCUUCCUGUUACGCGCACCAAGAUCGACUGGAACAAGAUUUUGAGCUACAAGCUCGGCAAGGAGAUGCAGAAUGCUUAAAAAAAACUAACCCCCUCCUUUGUCUUGACCACACACACACACACACACACACCGACAUGCACACAAACGCAAACAAUGUUGCAUGACUGGAUAGUUGUAUUUGUCUUUGUACAAAAAAAAAAACAUAGAGAAGACAAAGAAGAUGCAAGAUGGCAAAUUAACUCAUUGGAUGUCUCCUUUUAUUGUUUUCUUUUUAUACAUACACAUGCGCGCCUCCUCGCUAUAAUCCGACAUUAUAUUGGAAAGAUGUAUACGUGACAUAGGAAAGAAACCAAACGAGAGGGCAAAAUGUAUACAGCAAUACUAUUAUUUGUAGUAAUUUUCCACAAAAGUAAAUCCUUAUUGGAAAAAACGUUUCUCCCCCCCCCCCCCUUUUUUUUUUUGGGCUGCUUCCUCCACUGUUUGUCCCAUCUUUUUCUCUCCUGACCGACUGAACGAUGUCUUCCAUCUCUGACCGUCUGACAAGCUUCACUAACCAGUCGCCUGCUGCUUCCAACAAUAUCAAAAGUUACAAUAAAAACAAGUCCCCCCCCC